ACAUCCUAUAUAGCUCAGCCUUUCACAACACUCUUUCAGCUUUCUCGGUUUCACCAUGGCCCUCUACGCACGUCACCCCCGAUUCACGGUCGUCCUUCUCAUAUUAAUCUUCAUUUCGAUGCUCAUGUUUGCGAACGAUUCGCCUCUUAGCUCAGUACGCUCAAUGGCCUUCAGCACCAGGGGCUCCGCGCUUGCAAAGGAACUUGCAUUGGACGAGAUGUAUUAUAGCGAAAUGCUGAAACGACGCCAGCAACUUAUUAAAAAAUGGGGACCAACACCCGACAAAGUUGACCCGUUUCCCUCCCAUGGCGAGUUUUACACGCUCUGGGACUUCUUUCUGCCGUCAUUUAGUUGCCCUCAUCGCGUCGAGCGAAUUGGGAUUAUGGGCGAUGGAGGUAAAUGGGUCUGUGGACUAGAACGCAUAGCUCCCAAAAGCCAAUGCAGAAUAUAUUCUUUCGGGGUUAAUGGCGAGUCAUCUUUUGAGGCGGACCUCAUGAAGGCAGCGCCUGGCUGUCAGGUUUAUGGUUAUGAUUUCAGUGUCGGUUCCUUUGGUCCUGAGAUCGAAGAAGACAAUGAUUUGAAAUCACGCUCUCACUUUUUCUCAUACGCGCUUGGACAUGAGGACAAGCACACCGCAGCUGACAACCCAAAAGUGUACACCCUUCGCACUCUCAUGGAAAAGAAUGGACACGAUUUCAUUGAUAUCCUUAAAGUUGAUAUUGAGGGCAACGAAUUUGACUCGCUGUCAACUUUCAUCGACUCUUUCCAUGGUGAACCGCUCCCAUUCGGCCAACUCCAGAUUGAAAUACACGUGUUCCCGAGUAGUGCUUGGAGUGAAUUCCCGAAGUUCCUCGGGUGGUGGGAAAAGUUGGAAGCUGCUGGCUUGAGACCGUUCUUCUCUGAGCCAAAUCUCGUUUAUAUGAACCUUGUCAGAGGUGUUCGCCCAGACCUUGUAGAGUACUCCUUCAUUAAUAUUCUCGGUGAUCAUGAGCUGGUGUCCAACCGACCCUCACCUUCGCUAUCCCACUAAAAGUCUACAGUGUAGAUGCAUUGUUUAUGUAUCAUAAUCGGACACGCAUCAUCAUUCCUUUCUACUGUAUCGAACAUUUAUUAGUCUCGGCCAUGGGCAGUAUCAAUUACGCCGAUCCUUAUUUCGUUUGUUCCUUACCCCUGUAAUUGGGAGAAAUGCAUCCUUUAUAUUUGCUUUAUAUAGGGGUUCAGCUGCAUGGCAGCUAGGUGUACAGACAACUCUUAAAGACCAUUCGUUUGUUGCGAAGCAUGUCAAAUGUAGUUACCAC